CUGCAGGCCUCCUUUGGGGAAUUCCUGCUCGAGUUCCUGUUCCUACCGCCAGGGAUCACCCACCUCUUUACAUUCUUUUGGAACAUAUCCCACGCGGGCUAGCCAGGCAGACUUCGUCAUCAUGCAGAUCCGCAACAUCCUCUCCGCUGCUCUCCUGCUCGCCGCCCCGGGAGUCCUCUCGGCGCCGGCCCCUCUUGGUGAUGCUCUCGACUCGCGUGCCACGGGUCCGUGCAACUCGCCCCUUGAGCGCAAGGAGUGGCGUGAUUUGACGAAGGCCCAGCGUCUGGCGUACAUCAACGCCGUCAAGUGCCUCCAGUCCAAGCCCGCCAAGACUGGCAGCACCUACCCCGGUGCCAAGAGCCGGUACGAUGACUUCCAGGCUCUGCACAUUGCCAUGACUGAGCGCAUCCACUUUGUCGGACAAUUCCUGCCUUACCACAGACAGUUGCUCGCCCUCUACGAGACAGAGCUCCGCAACACCUGCGGCUACAACGGUGCCCAGCCCUACUGGGACUGGACCAAGGACGUCAAGAACUUCACUGCGUCUCCUGUCUUUGACCCCGUCUAUGGCUUUGGCGGCAACGGCGAGUGGCUCGAGGACAUCACCGGCCUCCCGGUCACUUCUCUUGCCCCAGGCCCCCUGGCCCGUACUGGCGGCGGCUGUGUCACCAACGGCCCCUUUGCCAGCAGACAGAUCCCCAUGGGACCGGGCAAGAGCACCGACUACACCCCCCACUGCCUUCGCCGUGACUUUGUGCCCACACUCACUGCCAGCAAGCUGAGCACUCCUGAGGUUCAGUACGAGCGCUCUGCCUCUACCUAUGCCGAGUACAGCCAGCGGGUUGAGCUCGUCAGCCUCAACCCGGACCUGUCCGGCAUGACCACCCACGGCGCCGGCCACUUCGGCGUCGGCGGCAUGGUCGGCGAGAUGUCCGAUAUGUAUUCCUCGCCAGGAGAUCCCCUCUUCUGGCUGCAUCAUGCCCAACUCGAUAACCUCUGGAAUACCUGGCAAAUGCAGAACUGGCCCGCCCGCAAAUCGGACAUUGGCGGCCCGGACACCAUGUGGGGCGGACCCUUCAACGUUAUCAACCCCUACGUCGGCACUAUCCCCUACAAGAACAUCACCCUCGACUUUGCCCUCGAGUACCCCCUGAUGGCCCCCACCGUCAAGAUUCGGGACGUCAUGGAUGUCUCAGCCCCCAACCUUUGCUACAAGUACGCGUAAGGGAGGGCUUAAAGGAGCAGGAUGGCUUGGGACAGAUGCCAGGUUCGGCGUGAUAACAGCAGAAGACAGACUUAUAGACAUCUUGCAAUUAAUGGCGAAGAGAAGGUGAUGUGCAGGCGUGUGCACUCUGUCGCUGCUAACAUUGUGAUUGUGUCAGGGGUAACCGUA